GUGAAUUGCGAUGAGAUGUUUAUAAUUUUUAUGGAAUAAAUAAUCUUGAUUUGUGUGUUUAAAGUUUUGAUAGGCGCAGUUUUUUUUCAAAUUUGAAAAUCAUCUGCAUAUAUAGAUGAAGUAUCCGUACCAAAUUAAGGGAACAAAUUUGGAUGCCAUGUGACUAGUAAUUUGUCCAAUUAAAUAGAUUUCAGUAUGAUCUACAACUGCUUAUUAGGAUUGGUGUUCACUGCAUUGUUCGACAAAGGCCUAGCUGAAAUUUACGCUAUUAAAUAUGAAUCUCAAUUUUAUCACGAGGAAUUUGCUGAUAAGCCAGCCCUAUUUGGGCCGAGUCUUAAGGAUAUAGCUUUGACCGGCAUGUUGAUAGAGGCAAACCGCUCCGAUGCCUGUGUACCCAUCUUCCCGCCUCCUAACGUAGAAAACGACGUAGGGAAAUGGAUAGCGUUGGUGAGAAGGUCCUCACUGGAGUACAAGAAUUGCACCUUCGAGAUGAAGGUCCGCAACGCCCAGGCGGCCGGAUACAACGCUGUCAUUGUCUACAAUGUCGGUUCGGAUGAACUGAUCCCGAUGGGGGCCAACAACGUGACCGGCAUUUACAUACCUGCCGUUUUUGUCGCUGAGAAAAGCGGGUUAGCUCUGUUAGAGAAGUACGCCAACAACCCCGAAUACUUCAUUGUUAUUAAUGGAGAUUCGCCGUUUGAUUUACCGACUCAUUUACUAGUACCGUUUUCUAUCGCUAUUGGUAUAUGCUUUAUAGUUAUGGUUGUUUUUAUGAUAUGGAAAUGUAUAAAAGAUAGAAGACGACUAAGGAGAAAUAGACUGCCGAAAUCUGUAUUAAGACAAAUCCCGAUACACAAGUUCCAAAAGGGCGACCCCUUCGAAACCUGUGCCAUUUGUUUAGACGAUUACGUGGAAGGAGAAAAAUUAAGAGUUCUUCCUUGCAACCAUGCAUACCAUAUGAAGUGUAUAGAUCCAUGGUUGACGAAAAAUCGACGAGUAUGUCCCAUAUGUAAACGUUGUAUUUGGGGCAUCAAAGAACGACGUUCGGAAUCGGACAGUGACGAUACAGAUACUGACGAUACUUCCCCGUUAAUCAAUCCACGAAACAAUACCACACAGGGGGGUACUUUUCAAGAACAAUCUGAAAAUCCAUUCCAAAGAGCUAUUAGGUCCAUAUCUCAAACUUCGGGAGCAGCUACGACGAACUUCGUCACGGCGUCCGGCCAUCAUAGCAUCAACGGAGACUAUCAAAGCCUUGACAGCAGUUCAGAAGUGACUACUACCUCCUCAACGACGGACACUACUGAAAGCGACAUGCACAGCUGUUGCGCCACCUUGGAGGCCUCGAGCAGUCACAACAACCCUUUCGAUGGAGUCAAUGUUAGAGUUCUUCAAGCGGACGCUGUUAGUAAUAAUUCAAGUUCUGACGGUGUGGCUCACGCGUAACUGUUUGUUUUGGCGAGAUUGUAGCUGCGUACGGUGGUUUAGGAUGGAACGUGUGUUUUGAUAAACAACUAGAAGGGAUUGUAGUUGUUCCAAGUCUUCAUGCAUGGAAAGUCAUAGUGCCUCGUCGAAAAACAACCAUUCGGGAUUCUGUAAGAUAUUAUAUGUUACUUACUUAUAUGAAACGUUACUUUCUAUCUGAUAUGCCAAAGAAUUCAUUCGGUAUUUUUAAAAAUUUGUUUCUUAUAACGUUUAUUUUGGACAAGGUGUUAAUUUAAUGGUACAUUUUAUAGCGCAAGUCCCAAACCACCAAAUAAGUCUACUCAUAUUAUCGACUGAUGUGCAUUCUUCAGAGUUGCUUUGGUAAAAACAGUUUUCCUUAUCAGCAUCUUGAUUAACAAUAAGUUCUUUUAUAUUUUAAUCUUUUGGUUCUGGUAAUCUAGAUCCGGAUAAUUACGAUCAGUGUUAAAUACAAUAAUUCAAGUCAAAAUCUGACAAUUCAUGGUUAAAUAAUAAAUAUAAACUUUUUUGACAACUUAGGAGAUAUUUGGUACAUAAUAUUAAAUAGGUGUUCGUUAAAUAAUUCUUUAAUUUGGAUGUGAGCUAUCAGUAGUUUAAUAAUAUAGUUUGUACACUUGAAAACUGACUUCGCCGAUAAAACCUCGGCUAAAAUGAGGAGUCGUUUUGUCGAGAGGAUUCUUAGAAUAUAAAACCGCAGGAAGAAGUGUCUGCUCUUCAAAGUGUUGGCUAGAAGGGUGGAAGCAUAUUGCAUCUACAAAUUUAUAGGAAAGUAAACAACCUUUGUAGGUCUAUUAUGCUCCUCUUUGCUACUUAAGCUACUCAUCGAGCCGUAUUCUCUAAUGAGCUUCCACAGCAUAAUGAGCCCUUGAGUUCUUGCUUGAGCUCAUGAGCUCUUAAUGAGCUUUCAUAGACUAAUGUUUUU